CGUAUCAACAACAAUUCCCAAAAAAAUUUACUUUUCUCUUCUCUGUAUAUUUUUUCAUACUUUUUGCACACCUUCCAUACAUCUUUUUUUCCAUUUAAAUUUCACAAAUCCACAAUGUCCACCCAUAUUAAAAGCGUUGAGCAGUUCAACACCCUCGUCAAGCAGUACCCCAAGGUCGUCGUCGACUUCAAGGCCGUCUGGUGCGGACCCUGCAGACUUAUCUCACCGGCCUUUGAUAAGCUCGCCAUCGCCCAGAAGACCCGCGUGGAGUCUAACGGCGCCAAUGUUCCCGAUGACACCAUCUUCCUGACUGUCGAUGUCGAUGAGGUUGGUGAGAUUGCCCAGCGGUUCAACAUCACUGCCAUGCCCACCUUCAAGUUCCUUGUUAACGGCCAGGAGCACUCGGACCUCGAGAUCUUGGGUGCCAGCAAGCCCAAGCUGGAGGCUAGCGUGAAGGCAUUGGCCACCAAGUCCGUGUUUGCCGCCAAGCCCGUCGAGGAGGAGAAGCCUGUUGCCGCUGAGGAGAAGCCUGUUGCUGCUGCUGAGGAGAAGCCUGUUGCCGCUGCUAACCAGGCCGCCGCUGAGGAGGCUGCUGCCGCCGCCCCCGCUGCUGCUGAGGCCGCCUAAUCGCGACACCCUCCCAUUUUGUGCUCAAGCAUUGCACAUUUAUUUUACCCUUACGUUUUUUCACAUAAAAUAAAAUAAU